UAAGCAGUCGCCAGGAAUCAAGACUGACUUGAAGGCACCCCCCAUCCCCAGCAAACAGGAUUAGUCCCCAAAUAGCCAGGAGUAAGAUUGUUGCACAGAUAUGGUAGAAUGUUCAUACAUUUGUUGCAAGAUGAAUGUGCCACUUCCAGAAGCAAUCAGUACAUGUGUCACUUUCUCAGUCAGUUGUCAUUUGGAGUUUGGAAUGUGUUAGCUCUGAAAUAGUCUUAUAAGCCAUGAAGGUACUAUACAGUCUGAGAAGAUGUUUGCUUGGUAGGCUUCCACUAGAAUCUCAUAAACACAGUGAGCAGCCUGGAGCAUUAAAAAGAUCCAACAAUUUGCUGAGGGGUGGUGAAGGAACCGUGAUAAUUUGCCGCAGAACGCUUCACCUUAUAGAGAAGUGAAUUGUCUCUUUACAGUGAAUAUGAUGGUGCCUGCCUAAUUCUGAUUACCAGAUUCAGGUCCUACCUUGUGCAAUCAGUCUAUGAAAGCAGAAGGUAAAGAUGAUAAAUUGGCAGAGUACAGAUUCAUGUGGUGGAACACUAAGGGAAUCAUGAAAUAAACAGGAGUGAGCACCUAUCUUGAUGGUCUACUGCAGUUGUGAUGCACUGGAAGUCCAAUAUGUCACAGCAGCUGCAGAGACUACAUGGCCAAUGAGGUUUGCAGCUCAGUUUUUACCUUUGCCACUUUGCAGGAUUUGAAGAAACUGAAGUAGAUCUCUGUUUACAGGAUUUCUAAUCUUUCCCUUGAAUUAGACAAGCUGGAAGAGCUAAGCUGUAGGCAGGAGCCAAAUGGUCACCUGACUAAUGCAGCCCAAAAGAUAAAUAAUUGAGAAUUAAUAAUUAGUCAGAUGUCAAAACCUUUAAGAUUAUUGCCCAGGUAAAUUCUCAGUCUGCACCAGAAGCUGUGAUAGUAUUUCCUAGUGAGGUAGCCAGUGGCCAGCCUGGAGCACAGAAACUCCUCAUUACUCUUACUGAAAUCUCAGUAGCUCAAGAUUGAAGGUUCACAGAGAGAAGGAUUGCUAUUUCCAGUCCACAUGUAUUCUGAUAGCAGCCAAGAAAGCCUCCAAGUUUCGAGACUGGUUGGACUGCAGUAGCAUGGAAAUAAAACCAAAUGCAAUUGCUAUGGAAAUGCUGGCUUAUUUAGCAUAUGAGACAGUAGCACAGCUGGUGGACCUGGCCCUUUUGGUCAAGCAGGACAUGGUACCGAAAGCUGGUGAUCCCUUUAGUCACGCAAUAUCUGCUACUUUUAUUCAACAUCACAAUUCUGAGAUGCAUGUUUUAGGGCCGCCUGCAAGUAUGAAGAGCAAUCCAGACUCUCCUGAUAAUACUCCACCACCAACACCCACUCUCCCAUCGACGGGCCCACAAUACCUUGGGAAAAUUCAGUCUGGGACCGUGGGGAAUGGCAGCACUGGACAAGAUACUUCCAAAGUCAAACAGCGAAAGAGGAAAAAAAGCACUGCAGCUUGUGGUGCAGAGGCCCAGAGCGAUGCCAUCCAGCCUGCCCACAUCAGAGAGGCCAUUCGACGCUAUGGCCACAAGAUUGGGCCCCUUUCCCCUUACACAAGCGCCUACCGCAGAAAUGGGAUGACUUUUCUAGCUUGCUAAUAUGGAUAUGCCUACAGCAACAGGAAAGACAGUGUUAUAUUAAGGACUGACUCAUUGCCAAAUGCUGCUGCUGUAGAGUAAAUCGUAAGCGCCAAGGACUUAAAGCUUCCAAAUACUGGACAUUCACCAUAACCAGCACAAUUCUUAUAUGGAUCAAUCUCUUUAGUGGGCAAUUUUAAGAUGUGGUUCCUUUACUGAAUUAUUGCAAUUGAUAUAUUCAGUAUUAUCCUUUCCAUAGUGGCAUAAUUAUACUUUAAAAACAUUUUUGCAUGUCAUUUUUCUGGAAUUGAUCUGAUGUUAAAGAACUAAAAAUAGUGUAUACAGUAAAGAAGAAAACCCAUUGCUGAUGUUCUGUCUGUGCUUGCUGAAAUGUAUGAUUAAACCUUUCUUUUUAUCAUGAUUUCUUAUUUUUCUUGGCAUCCAUAAUGAUGGAAAAUUAUAUGCUUGCUGUAAACAUCCAGACUUUUUAAAGGACACCAGCAUUUAUUGUAUUUGGUUUCGAUCUGCAGGCAUAUAUGCAAAAAGAAAACAUUUUAGGCCAAGAAUACUGGAAUAAAAAUUCUUUCUCUA